CCCCGUUUUGUAACUUUCUGGUCUGGGGUGUAGGAAUAAAGCCUGGUGCCGGGACUAAGAAGGGGUGCGUGCUUACAGCGCCUGGGCUGCUUGCUGGAGGACUUCCCGCCCGCGCCCAGAGGCCAGGCCAAGUGGGGAGCGGACACGCGGGCGGGCAGGUGGCCCUGGGCGGCCACAGCGCCUUGGCUCUGCCCCCUGGAGCCAAGCGAGCCUCUGCUCCCUCGUGGUGCGAGGGCGGUGAUGUUUUUCCUCCCACCCACUUUUGAGUCCCCCCUCCCCCUUCGCGCGCACUCAAAGUCUCGCCACAACCUGCGAGCCCCAGACCUUGGAGGAGCGCCCCAGGGAGCUCAGAGCGUGUGCAAGCGUGGCAGAAGGAGGAGGCCAGUGCCCAGCUCAAGUCCACUGCACUUUGGAGUCUCUGAAUUGCAUUUUGCAGUAGCUCAAAUGAGAAGAAAGUGGAAGAUGGGAGGCAUGAAAUAUAUCGUCUCCUUGCUUUGGUUCUUUAUUUUCCUAGAAGGAAGUAAAACAGAGCAAGUAAAACAUUCUGAGACAUAUUGUGUGUUUCAAGACAAGAAGUAUAGAGUGGGUGAGAAAUGGCAUCCUUACCUGGAACCAUAUGGACUGGUUUACUGUGUGAACUGCCUCUGUUCAGAGAAUGGAAAUGUGCUUUGCAGCCGAGUCAGAUGUCCAAGCCUUCAUUGCCUUUCACCCGUGCAUAUUCCUCAUCUGUGCUGCCCCCGUUGCCCAGAAGAUUCCUUACCACCGGUGAACAAUAAGGUGACCAGCAAGUCAUGCGAGUAUAAUGGAACCACUUACCAGCAUGGAGAACUGUUCAUGGCUGAAGGGCUCUUUCAGAACCGCCAACCCAAUCAGUGCACCCAGUGCAGCUGCUCGGAGGGCAAUGUGUACUGUGGUCUCAAGACUUGCCCUAAACUGACUUGUACGUUCCCAGUCUCUGUUCCAGAUUCUUGCUGCCGAGUAUGCAGAGGGGAUGGAGAACUGUCGUGGGAACAUUCUGAUGGUGAGAUCUUCCGGCAACCUGCCAACAGAGAAGCAAGACAUUCUUACCUCCGUUCUCCCUAUGAUCCUCCGGCAAGCAGACAAGCUGGAGGUCCUCCCCGCUUUCCUGGAGGUAGAAGUCACCGGGGAGCUCUUAUGGAUGUCCAGCAAGCAUCAGGGACCAUUGUGCAGAUUGUCAUCAAUAACAAGCACAAACAUGGACAAGUGUGUGUUUCCAACGGAAAGACCUAUUCUCACGGAGAGUCCUGGCACCCGAAUCUACGAGCAUUUGGCAUUGUGGAAUGUGUCCUAUGUACUUGUAAUGUCACCAAGCAAGAAUGUAAGAAAAUCCACUGCCCCAAUCGAUACCCUUGCAAGUAUCCUCAAAAGAUAGAUGGAAAGUGCUGCAAAGUGUGUCCAAGUAAAAAGGCAAAAGGUGCAUUAGCUGGUGGCCCUGCCUUUGGUUGAAUGAGAUCCAAACAUAGUCCUGUCCAGCCUUUUUUGUGCAUCCAAAACAUAAAUGACCAGUCAUAUAAUUCUAAUGAUAAUAGUCUAGCAAGAAUGAACUUCAUUCUUUCCUCUUCUGAGAGACUGAUGGUUGCUUUGAAGGAAUUAACUACUUAGAAAUAUCUUGGAGAAUUUCUUGUGUCUACAACCUCACACACAUGUCCAGUUGCUUAGUUCAUUCUUGUUUUUUUAAAUUAUAGAGUUUAUGUUAUCAUUGUUUUAGGAAAGUAGUCAUACUUUUCCCAUUUUCAAUCACUAACUAACUCACUUCAAGCCACAAUCCAGUACUCUUUUCAGAUGAGAGAUGCAUGAGUUACAAUGGAGGGAAAUUAGGUUCUGAUCAUUGAUCA